CUGAAAUAAGUAAAAGCUUUAAAAAAAAAAAAAAAAACCCAACUUGCUGGUUAACUUACAAACUCUAUGAUUUUCAUUCCCUUAUCUGGAAAUAGAAAAGAAUCUUCAUAUUUUAUUUACUAGCAACGGUAGCCAGAGCCUUCUCACUUUUGCUCCAGGCAGUUGUGAGAGCUGCCCACUUCUCUGAGGGCAUGUUCUUGUAGAGGGAGCUGGGGGGUUGCAUGCAGGGGUCUCAGGGAUUCAUGAUUAGGGUCUCCAGGAAUGGGGGAUAAGACUGGAGUCUCUUGGCUUCUCUCUCUUUGCUCAGCUUUUCCUGCAUAUUGCUUGUACUCUCUGUGAGUGGAGAUCCGGAGGAGGCGAGGGGGUGGCUGAAUUCUUGAGAAUGCAGCCGCAGAAAAACAGGAUUAAUAUACAGAGAAUCGAUCCAAGGAUAAUUGCUGUUGAGAAUGGAGAGCUCGCUGCAAGAGGGAGCACUGUGGGGCCAUCCUUCAGAAGAGCAAUCUCAGGAGCCCCUCACGAUACUGUCUGCCCUGAUCUCUUCUAAAGAACAAGAAUCUGUGACCUUCAAAGAUGUAGCCAUAGACUUAACCCAGGAGGAGUGGACGCUGAUGGACAGGUCCCAGAGGAAGAUGUACAUUGAUGUGAUGCUGGAGAACAUCACUCAUCUGGUCUCCGUGGGGUGUCAGUUCUUCCAAUCAGAUGUGAUCUCCCAGUGGGAACAAGGAGGGGUGCUGUGGAGGGAAGACAGAAGACUUGCCCAAGGCUGGAGUCCAGGCUUGGAAAACAGCCAUAAAAAGGAAGAAACAAUAUCUAUGCAAGAUAUCUUCAAGGAGGACCCAUCUAACUGCAACACAAUACAGAAAUAUCACUCAGGAGAAGACCCGUUUGAACAUAUUGGGUAUGAUGAAGUUUUCACUCAAACCUACACAUUGACUCAACAUGUCUUAACUCACACUGGACAGAGACCCUAUAAAUGGAGUGAAUGUGGGAAACAUUUCAGUCAUAGAAGCGACCUUUAUAGACACCAGAAAACUUACAUGGAAGCAAAACCUUAUAAAUGUAAUCAAUGUGAGAAAUGCUUCCAUAAUAGAAGGAAGCUUUGCAUACACCAGAGAAUUCACACAGGAGAGAAACCCUAUAAAUGUGAUGAAUGUGGAAAAAACUUCAGUCGAAACUCCCACCUUCGUUCCCAUAAAAUAACUCACACAGGAGAGAAUCCAUUUGUUUGUAAUCAGUGUGGGAGUCACUUCAGGUAUUUUUCAUCUUUAACUAGACAUAAGCAUAUUCAUUCUGGACAGAAGCCUUAUGAAUGUCAUCUGUGUGGGAAAGCCUUUGUUCAAAGUUCUUAUCUUAAACAACAUGAGAGAACACACACUGGAGAGAAACCAUAUAAAUGUCUUCUAUGUGGAAAAGCCUUUGUUACAAGCUCUAAUCUUAGAGAACAUGAGAGAACUCAUACUGGAGAGAACCCAUAUAAAUGUCCUCUAUGUGGAAAAGCCUUUGUUGAAAGCUCUAAUCUUAAAGAACUUGAGAGAACUCAUACUGCAGAAAACCCGUAUAAAUGUCCUCUAUGUGGAAAAGCCUUUGUUACGAGCUCUUGCCUUUGAAGACAUGAGAGAACUCACUUUAAAUGUAGUGAAAGAACGUGGAAGAGCCUUCAGCCACAGCUCUAAUCUAUAAUCCGAGAAUUCAUAAGUGGGGGAAAUUUAUGGCCAUAUUCAUUAUGGAAAUGCCUUCAUUUUAAGUUUAUCCUUACACAACAUGAGUGAACUCCAUUUGGAGGAACGCAAUAUUUAUCAUCAAGGAGGAAGAGACAUUAGCUGAUCUCCGGUUGUAGGGUGCACAAGAAAAUUCAGUAUGAAUGAUAAUGUAAUCUCCCUGGAAUGGGAAAUUACACAGGAGAAUCUUACAAAAGGAGGUCACUCUAGGAGAAUAACAAAAAUUGAUGCUGGGGAGCUUAUUCAUUGUAAUAUGCAUGGAAAAAACAUUUACUAGUAGAAAAACUAUUGUAGGCAUGUGAAGUUUCACACUGUAGAAUAGUGAAUGAAUGGAAGUCUUCAGUGAUUUUUAAUUCCUUAGUCAACAUGCAAUUUCUCACAUUGUAUAUAUGCCAUUGCUAAAAUCAGAUGGAAGGUUAGAGUUUGCAUUAGAAAUUCCUGACUAGGAAAAACAUCUAUCGAGAAUGUCUAACCCCACAGUUUAGACAUUAAUUUAUAUUUUUGCCUGAUGGCCUAUUAUAAAAAUGUAAGAAACAUAUGUAGGAUUGUGACAUCAUCUGGGAAUUCUGAAUGCAGAAUUUUAUGACAAUGAUUUUUUUUCUUAAUGGACUAGUAUGUAGAACUGCAUAUGAGGCAAAGUUGUUGCUAAAAUAUCCAUUAUAUUGGUUAGGUCCUAUUUUUCAUACAGCAAUAAUUAUGAUUGGGUCCAACUAGAAAGUAACGUUGAAUAUUAACUGAAAAACAGCACAGGAUGAUGUGUCAUUACUACAUAUUGUUAACCAUGUAUGUAGAUUAUAAUGAUGAAUUAAAGAUUAAUACAUAGUUUGUGACCGAA